ACUAAUCUAUUCUAUAUAGUCUGUGGUUUCUUUCCGGUUUCAACAUGCCGCCCAAAAAGGAUACAAAGGCCUCGGCUAAACAGCCGCAGAAGACACAGAAGAAAAAGGAGGGAUCUAGCGGUGGCAAAGCCAAGAAGAAGAAGUGGUCCAAAGGAAAAGUUCGUGACAAGUUAAACAACCAAGUUUUGUUCGACAAAGCCACCUAUGAAAAGCUGUACAAAGAAGUUCCACAGUACAAGCUGAUCACACCUGCAGUAGUCUCUGAAAGACUAAAGGUCCGAGGCUCUCUUGCAAGGCGAGCCCUCAUUGAACUCAGAGAAAAAGGUCUCAUCAAGCAGGUGGUGCAACACCACGGACAGGUUAUCUACACGAGGGCAACCAAGGGUGACGAUCCUGUUGCGUAGGUUAUGGAUAGGUUAU